CUCUCUCUCUCUCUCUCUCUCUCUCUCUCUCUCUCUCUCUCUCUCUUUCCUUGUCCCCUCGCGACGCAUGCAGUCACACAUCGGAGCGCUGCACGAACAAGCAAUUAAUUAUAUAUUUGAAUAAUCCACGGCGUUUUUGUACAAAUGAGGACAUUUUUUUAUUGGGAAUUUUGUUUGUUUGCUCAAAAGAUUUUUUCAAACUGGAUUUGGACAAUGGAAGAGCGAGCCAAGAGAAACGGCUGAGGAUUUUGAGUGCGUGUGGGUUUUGGCACUUGAGGACAACAGGCAUGACUUUGCAGCAUCCACAGCAUUGAAACCCCGCAAAAGAGACUAAAAAUAAUCUUGCUCUUUCUUCUCAACCGAGGCCCUCCUUUUUUUUUUGAUUAAAUCUUUCAAGCAGAGAAAAUGGCUCACCUGAUCCGCCACAAGCUCACCAACAAGCUGACCAAUGCGGCCCACACGGUCUCCAACAAGUCCCAGGCCAAGGUCAGCGGUGUGUUCGCCCGCCUGGGCUUCCAGGCCGCUACGGAUGAAGAGGGCGUGGGAUUUGCCGAAUGCGACGACCUGGACUACGACUACAGGCAGGGCAUGCAAAUGGAUGUCUUACCGGGCGACGACGAGGGCGGAGAGUGCGGCCUGGAGGAUGGGGACAGUCACUACCAGAGGGAUGGCACUGGCCCCAAGCCCCAGGGCCUCAAAACUGGGGGAUCCCUGGAUGAGGACAAGCCCAAAAUCACAACUUGGGAGGCUGGCUGGAACGUCACCAAUGCCAUUCAGGGCAUGUUCGUCCUCGGCCUCCCCUAUGCCAUCCUGCACGGCGGCUACCUGGGCCUCUUCCUCAUCAUCUUCGCCGCGGUGGUGUGCUGCUAUACGGGCAAGAUCCUCAUCGCGUGUCUUUACGAGGAGAACGAGGACGGCAUCAAGGUGCGCGUACGCGAUUCUUACGUAGACGUGGCCAACGCGUGCUGCGCACCCCGGUUCCCCGCGCUGGGCGGUCACGUGGUCAACGUGGCCCAGAUCAUCGAGUUGGUGAUGACUUGCAUCCUGUACGUGGUGGUGAGCGGCAACUUAAUGUACAACAGCUUCCCGGGCUUGCCCAUCUCGCAGAAGGCGUGGUCAGUAGUGGCCACCGCUGCCUUGCUGCCCUGCGCCUUCCUCAAGAACCUGAAGGCGGUGUCCAAGUUCAGCCUUCUGUGCACGCUUGCCCACUUCGUCAUCAACGUCCUCGUCAUCGCCUACUGCCUUUCUCGGGCUCGGGACUGGGCGUGGGAGAAGGUCAAGUUCUACAUCGACGUCAAGAAGUUCCCCAUCUCCAUCGGCAUCAUCGUGUUCAGCUACACCUCGCAGAUCUUCCUCCCCUCCCUGGAGGGCAACAUGCAGAAGCCCAGCGAGUUCCACUGCAUGAUGGACUGGACCCACAUUUCCGCUUGCGUCCUCAAGGGCCUCUUUGCACUGGUGGCCUACCUAACCUGGGCGGAUGCCACCAAGGAGGUUAUCACAGAUAACCUGCCCAGCACCAUCCGUGCAGUGGUUAACCUUUUCCUGGUGGCCAAGGCACUGCUGUCCUACCCGCUGCCUUUCUUUGCCGCCGUGGAGGUCCUGGAGAAGUCGCUUUUCCAAGACGGUGGGCGGGCCUUAUUUCCCGACUGCUACGGGCCGAGCGGCCAGUUAAAAUCGUGGGGUCUGGGCCUCCGGGUGGCUCUGGUGGUCUUCACUUUGCUCAUGGCCGUCUUCGUCCCCCAUUUCGCCCUCCUCAUGGGUCUGACCGGGAGCCUGACAGGCGCUGGUCUCUGCUUCCUGCUGCCCAGCCUCUUCCACUUGAAGCUCCAGUGGAGGAAUCUCCUGUGGCACCACGUCUUCUUUGACGUCGCUAUUUUUGUCAUUGGGGGUAUUUGCGCCAUAUCUGGCUUCAUCCACUCUAUCGAAGGUCUCAUAGAGGCCUUCAAGUACAAUAUCCAUGACUGAGAGCUAGCGGUGACGACCUUUAACCCUCCCCCCGACCCGCUCUGCUCCCCACUUUGUGGGCCACUACGACAAAGAAGCCCGUGAGGAGAAUCGUGUGUGUGAAAUCUUUUUCAUUUUGCCUUUGUGAAAACGUGCAAUAACAAACUGUACAAUCAUGAUGUUAAAUAGCUUCUAUGGUAAAUGGAUGCAGGACAUGCUCCUGAAUGGGGGUGUCCAAAGUUGCCAAGCAGUGAACCAUGGCCCAAAUUAUAAGUGUGUGCAUGGUAAUAUUUGGACUUGGAUUUGAAAAAAAAAAAGGGAAAAACAAUGGAGGUUAUCUACGAAUACAGGGAAUCCUCACUUUACGACAACGUAACCCAUAUUUGUAUGGAAAAUAGAAUGCAGCGCAGUCUAUUGCUAGCAGAGUCAUAAUUACAUUAAACAUCUGUAUGAAAAACCUUCUAGACCAUAGACAUAAAAGAGAGACCUCCAAACUCAAGCCUCAGGUCAUCGGUGGCCUGGCGACCAUUUUGUUGAGGCUUGCGGUAUAGAGAAAUUACAAUAUAAAAAAAAAAAAGGGCAGGAUGGUGUGUUUGUGUGGAGGGUGGGAAGGCAUGAAAGGUGUGGAUGUUGAAAAGGAGAGAAGGUGGUUUUAGCAUGUUGGAUAAAUGAAAGUAAAAGGAUUUCAAAGUAGCCCUGAAAGUCUUCCAUUUUUCUAUAUGCACCCACACAGGAAAAGUUUGGACAUAUGCAACAAUUAACUCAAACAGUAAGUAUUGUGUGGUGAAAAGACCAAUUUGAGCAGAGAGGGGCAGCAUUGGGCCAAAGGGCAACCAGACAGCUAGAACAUGAGACAAAGAAAGAGUAGGACAUUCGUGGCAACCUUCAGCUUGGCCCUGUGACGUAUAACUGACUAAUGCUAACCACUUAAUGCUAUUCAACCGCAAAGGAACUUUCAUGCCUUCCAUUGUACAAAAUGAAGCAAAAGUUACGUGACAAGUGUUCUUUACAAUAAUAUGUCCUAUGAGCUUCCACUAAUCUAAACUGAAAAUUGCCUAAGGGCUGAGAUAAUGACCAAACACCUUUCUUCUGGGUUUCGUCAUGUAACAUUAGCAAGCUGAGCUGUAUUUGGAAGUUACCUGACCUGAGACACUGUGAUGUCAUUUUCAGUCGACAGCAAGUGGCAAAAUGGCCGCCCCCUGAGACAGAUAAAAAUGAGUGUAUUUGCUGCUUAAUUCAUAUUCCACGUACAAGAUAUUAAUCAGAAUGCCAUGUUUAGAUUAAUGGAAGGUCAUAGAAUAUAGUAAAGUUGGGAUUUUUUUUUACUUGACUUCCCAUUUAAGUGAGGCUAUGAUGUUAGUUUUGCUGUUUUUAAAUUAAAUAACUGCACAAUCGUGAGGUAAUAUCUAUCUCUAUGCAAGCGAUAAAAAGUGUAUUCUGGAACAUCUCCACUCUGGCCGGCAUUUGCAUGAGGGCACGAAAAAAAAGCCUUUUGUGUGUGUAUGUGUGUGUGUUUUUUAAUCCCUGUAUUCGUGUGGACACUACCCAAAUCUAAAACCACCUUUCCACUAAAAGUCUAGUCCAGUUCGGUUCACCUCACGAACGAUCUGGAGUUUGUUUCCAUGUGUGCUUGGGUGAUAGCAGUGUCAGCAAGCUAAAUAGUGUGACAUCAUAACAAGGAGGAAGGUAGCCACGAAGGCUGCACAGUGAAUGUCAUCUUUCAUCUUCCAAUUUAAUCGAUCACACAUUACAAAGCAUCUAGCUACACCUGUUAGCACAAUUCUACUGUGGUAGAUGUGGUACUAUAUAUUUUGGUACCAUUUAACAACUUAACAACAAUAGGAACACUCCAAAUAGGCAACUGAACUGUGGUAGAAAUGGGCAGGCAGCCUUCAGUCAAGGUGAUGCACAUUAAAAAAAAAAAAAAAAUCAUAACUAUCUUCUGUGUAGUUGUUUGAAUAAUACUUCUCUUUUGUCCGUUUUGUGCAUUUAUUUUUCCACCUCAGUGGCGCUCGUCGGUUGGUUGGUUUUCUCGAUGUUUCCAAUGUCAUUCUGGAUGGAGUGAAUUUUAACGUGCAAGCAAGUGGGUCCUUCUCGUGUCGUAUGCCAAGUGUUUGUCGGCUUUCCCCGUUGAACCUGUCAAUUGUGGUUUAAUGCAACUAAGCACAGUGUGUGAGACAAAGAGUAUUUGUGGAAUCAAGCGAUAAAUAAAUGGAAUAUUUUAUGGUU